AUGCUAAUUAUUGUGGAUAAUAACAUCAAAAGUCGUCUUGUUGCUCAAUAUUCUGAUCCUGCUUUAAUGAAGGCAGUGGCAUCGAAGAUGCCUAAUACUCACCACUUUCUUUGUAUUUUCCACAUACAAGAAAACCUACGAAUAAAUUUGGCAAGCAAAUUAGGACAAGAUUACAAAUCUUUUUAUAAAAAUUUUUUAUAUAUUCAAAACAGUUUAUUUGAGGAUGAUUUUUAUCGUCAUUGGACACAAUUGAUCGAAAAGUAUCUUUUGGGUCAAGAUUAUCUUAAUAGAACUUUAAAUACUUCUUAUCAGUCAUAG